CUACGUGAUAAAUAUAAUCACUGCAUCUGUCUUUGCUCCGUUUCAACUUUUCUCAUUCACAGUUUUUCUGGGAUGCGUUUCGAUAAAGCUGGUAGAGCUCCUUUCGCAAGAGGGAAGGUGAAGAGGAAUAAGAACGCGGAUUAUAGUUUGACAGACCUUGAGCAUGGCGAUGCAAUUCCGGCUGCAGAUGCCAGUUUCAGCAGAGUGCUUUUACUUGCAAAGCCUGACGCAGGGAAACUCAUAUUAGCAACAAUUGCUCUCUUGCUUGCUUCCACUUCAACCAUACUGAUUCCAAAGUUUGGAGGGAAGAUAAUCGAUAUUGUCUCCGGUGAUAUCACAGCACCGGAACAGAAGGCUAAAGCAUUAGCUGCAGUUAGGAACACCGUACUUGAAAUUUUUCUGAUUGUUAUAGCCGGUUCGGUGUUCACUGCGCUGCGAACGUGGCUGUUUUCCGCUGCCAGCGAAAGGGUCGUUGCCCGAUUGAGAAAGAACUUGUUUAGUCAUCUUGUUAACCAGGAAAUAGCCUUCUUCGAUAUCACUAGGACAGGCGAACUUUUGAGCAGGCUAUCGGAAGAUACACAGAUCAUAAAGAAUGCUGCAACUACCAGUCUCUCCGAGGCCUUACGAAACUUGUCGACGGCAGUCAUUGGACUCGGUUUCAUGUUUGCAACAUCGUGGAAACUAACAUUGCUGGCAUUGGCUGUCGUUCCUUUAAUUUCUGUCGCUGUUCAUCGAUUUGGUCGCUACGUUCGUAAACUUUCACACAAGACUCAAGCCGCAGCUGCAGCAGCCGCUUCGAUUGCUGAGGAAUCAUUCGGAGCAAUUCGAACGAUGAGAUCUUUUGCACAAGAAGAGCAUGAAAUAUCUCGCUACUCUCUGAAAGUAGAUGACACACUGAAUCUUGGACUUAAACAAGCAAAAGUGGUCGGUUUCUUCUUCGGAGGCCUAAAUGCUGCAUCGACAUUGUCGGUUAUUGCCGUAGUUAUAUACGGAGCUAAUUUGACAAUCAAAGGUUCAAUGACCCCCGGUGCUCUAACGUCCUUCAUUCUUUAUAGUCUCACGGUCGGAACUUCUGUGUCCGGACUUUCAGGGUUUUACACUGUUGCAAUGAAAGCUUCAGGAGCUAGCAGGCGUGUCUUUCAGCUUCUGGAUCGAGCCUCAUCGAUGCCGAAAUCAGGAGAUAAGUGUCCAUUGGGUGAUCAAGAUGGAGAAGUCGAGUUGGACGAUGUCUGGUUCGCCUAUCCGUCCCGUCCUAAUCAUAUAGUACUCAAGGGAAUAACACUUAAACUGCAGCCAGGAUCAAAAGUGGCUCUGGUUGGCCCCAGUGGUGGAGGAAAAAGCACGAUAGCGAGCUUGAUCGAAAGGUUUUAUGAUCCAAUGAAGGGAAAGAUUCUAUUGAAUGGGGUUCCUUUGGUAGAAAUAUCACAUGAAUAUCUUCACAGAAAGAUCAGCAUAGUAAGCCAGGAACCAGUCCUUUUCAACUGCACGAUAGAGGAAAACAUAGCUUAUGGAUGCCAAGGCCAAGCUGAUAUUAAUGAUAUCGAAAAUGCAGCAAAAAUGGCCAAUGCUCAUGAAUUCAUAUCGAAAUUUCCGGACAAAUAUCAGACUUGUGUCGGAGAGCGCGGAGUACGGCUUUCGGGAGGACAGAAGCAGAGGGUAGCGAUAGCGAGAGCGUUGCUGAUGAAUCCGAAGAUUCUCCUACUGGAUGAAGCCACAAGUGCCCUGGAUGCCGAAAGCGAAUACCUUGUGCAGGAUGCCAUGGAUUCUCUGAUGAGAGGAAGAACUGCAUUAGUGAUAGCUCAUAGGUUAUCAACGGUCCAAAGUGCAGACACAGUGGCAGUUAUUUCUGAUGGACGGAUUGUUGAAAGGGGCAAUCAUGAACAACUUCUUAGCCGAAAUGGCGUUUACACUGCAUUGGUUCGGAGACAAUUACAAGCACCAAAAACAAACUUGUGAUAAAAUUAAAUAUUCUUAUGUUGACUCGAA